AUGCCUCGCGAUGCCCACUGCGCGGGGUGGGGGAAGGCUCGUCCCGCUCGCACACGGGGACGUGCGGAUCGCACACGGGCUCGCACGCUUCCCCGUUUCAGACAGCGCUUUGGAGAGAUAACUGGAACACUGGAUGGCUUUGUUCUUUUUAAACCACAACGCCGACUGCCCAGGUCUUCCUCAGAAGACCAUGAGUAUCGAGCCUUUCUGGCAAGGGUGUCCAGAGCCGACAAGCAUUUGCCUGAUGUUGGGGUGUGUUUUGUUUUGAUUUUUCAAGACCCAGCCUUACAAACAUUAUAA